ACACCGUGGCACGUGGCACGCGGUGUGGAAAUCACCACAAUGUCUCGAGUGCUGGACUAUGCUGUGUUGAAAGAGCAUGUGGGGCGAGUACAACGGCAAGAGCUUGCCAGGUUUGAUUUGCCCCAUGAACCUAUUGACAAGGAGCUUACCCUCAAUCGCUCCUUUGCCCGUGGCUGGCCGAAUAGCCUCUACAACGACUCAUCCAAGACUCGGAUGCUCCUGACACCUACAGGGCCAGGACGAGGCUAUGGUGGCUAUGGCAGCUAUGGUAGAGAAACAGGUCUUACCCCUCGGCUCGGAGACUUCAAGGAGAGCCACGAGAGGUCAUGGAGAGUGGAGAAAGAGGACUCGAGCAUCGAUUGGGCGCCUCAUCGAAGUCGAGAUGGGGAACGACACGAGUUGAGGUUGCCAGCGCUAGAGGAGGCGUCUGCUCGCGUGACGCCCCGGACUCCACGGAAACCUCCCAGAUCUCGGUGGACAAGCCAAGUGCAGAUGACAGCAGUGCCGGAGUUCUUUUGCCCUCCGCUGUGAGUCGCAAAGGACUUCUUAGGAGACACCAGAUAUCAGGUUCCGAGGGUGUCAGGAUCAAUGGUAGCGAAGCCGUUGAGACCUUGUGGCUGACAGGCCUGUAGCUACUAGACUUGAGCCUGGUGCGCAUAAGCAGCCAGAUAUAGCCACUGAUCAAAGCUCAAUGUGACAAGGGGAUGUCGCGGAAUUAGGA